AAAAAAAAAAAAAAAAAAAACCAGGGCCUAUUAUUAGAUUGAAAUGGAGUGAGUACAUAGCGAGCUUCCUUCCCAAAGACCAACUCGUAAAAAUCGUUGCCGCCCGGAAACCGCUGCAAGAAACGAUACUCCUCUAGAGAGAGAGAGAGAGAGAGAGUGAGUGAGCCAUCAGAGGCCGCGAUGGUUUGCUCAAGUCGGCUCUUGGCUGUUUCGUACCCUACGUCGCCGCUUUUACAGACAAAUUCCCUACGAUCGAACGCGAGAUUUGUUCAACGAAAGCUCAGAUCAAACAACAGAUGGCGGCGAUCCAUGGCGUCGGAGGCCGAGAGCUCUUCGUUUGCUCCUCCAGUUGACUCCGAGCCAGCCGAUAUCAACGCCGCCGGGUUUUGCAUCAUUGAAGGACCUGAAACAGUGCAGGAUUUUGCCACAAUGGAACUAAGAGAAAUUCAAGAUAACAUUAGAAGUCGUCGAAACAAAAUAUUUUUACAUAUGGAGGAGGUUCGUCGUCUCAGAAUACAACAGAGACUGAAAAAUGUUGAACUUGGAAUCCAAAAGGAUGAGCAAGAAAAUGAACUCCCAGACUUCCCUUCCUUCAUUCCCUUCUUGCCUCCAUUGAGCUCAGCAAAUCUUAAGCUGUACUAUGCUUCUUGCUUCUCUCUCAUUGCCGGGAUUAUCAUUUUUGGUGGUCUUCUAGCUCCUACUCUGGAGCUAAAGUUGGGAAUAGGAGGUACAUCAUAUGCAGACUUCAUUAGCAGUAUGCAUCUGCCAAUGCAGUUGAGUGAUGUUGAUCCUAUUGUGGCAUCAUUCUCUGGGGGUGCAGUUGGAGUGAUCUCAGCUUUGAUGGUGGUGGAAAUAAAUAAUGUAAAACAGCAAGAACGUAAAAGAUGCAAAUACUGUCUUGGAACUGGAUACCUUGCUUGUGCUCGCUGUUCAAGCACAGGAGCGCUUGUCCUUAUUGAACCAGUGUCCACAGUUAAUGGUGGAAAUCAGCCCCUUGCACCACCUAAAACUGAACGAUGUUCAAACUGUUCAGGUUCCGGAAAGGUCAUGUGCCCUACAUGCCUCUGUACAGGGAUGGCAAUGGCAAGUGAGCAUGACCCGCGGAUUGACCCAUUUGAUUAGGAAUUUACAUCUGACGUGCACACCUUCCAGAACAACCCACAAAGAGAUGGUUCCGGCAAGGGAGUCCUAUUCGUGUUCAGUGGGUGUGCACUUAUCUUUUCUGUUUGGAUGUAAAGCUUCUGCCGCAUUUAUCUUUUUGUGCAAAGAGAACAUCAUAUAUGUAAUCCAAAUUGUCCAAACUCAUUAGGGAAACCUUGAAGCUAAGGCUAAACAUGGCAGAACCAAACAAAAACUUGCCAAGCUGUUAUGAAAAUGUAAAGAUAGUACCUGCUUUAUUUCCCCC